CAAGGUAUAGCACAGCGGGGAGUGGACGUCAGGCAGCGAUUGUUUUUUGGCUUUUUCCCAAAUUUAUUAAUUGUAGGAAAAUGCAGCUUGAUAUGUCGGGGGCGGAGGGAGGAGCAGGACGUCGCUGUGCCUGCUUCAGACACGUGGCGUUUCCAUUACCGAAAAUUCUUGCAGAAGGUCCACUAGGUGCUCCACGUGCUUUCUACUGUUCUGCUACAUAGGAUGUACAGCAACGGCACUACAAAUACAUUAAAUGAAGUGGUUAUAGCCUCCUUCGCUAGGACGCCAAUUGGUUCGUUUCGAAGUUCUUUGGCUUCCGUUGCGGCAACAAGACUUGGUUCCGUAGCGAUCAAAGGUGCAAUCGAGAGAGCAGGAAUCAAGAGUGAAGAUGUUCAAGAAGUCUUCAUGGGCAAUGUGGUCUCGGCGGGGGCCGGACAGGCACCAGCAAGGCAAGCGGCGUUGGGAGCAGGUCUCUCACAGUCCACACCAUGCACCACAGUUAACAAAGUCUGUGCAUCUGGUAUGAAGGCAAUAAUGCUGGCAGCCCAGAGCCUAAUGUGUGGAUCUCAGGAGGUCAUGGUCGCUGGUGGCAUGGAGAGCAUGUCUAACGUUCCUUACUACAUGGCUAGAGGGGAAACGCCAUAUGGGGGGGUUCAUUUGCAGGAUGGCAUUGUGUUUGAUGGCCUGACAGAUGCGUAUGACAAGAUUCACAUGGGAGCUUGUGCUGAACAAACUGCGAAAAAGUAUGAGGUGUCACGACAAGAUCAGGACAACUUUGCCAUAGACAGCUACAAGAGGAGUGCAGCAGCUGCAAAGGAAGGGAUCCUAGCCAAGGAAAUAGUGCCAGUAACAAUCCAGGGCAAGCGUGGCAAGCCAGAUGUCGUCGUAGCGGAAGAUGAGGAGUACACGCGGGCCAACUUUGAAAAAUUUGGCACCGUGCCGACAGUCUUCCUCAAGGAUGGUGGCACCAUCACUGCCGCAAAUGCAAGCACUCUGAAUGAUGGGGCUGCGGCCUGUGUCUUGAUGACCCGUCAGGCUGCUGACCGGCUUGGAGUGAAGCCCAUUGCACGCAUUGUUGCCUUUGGUGACGCAGCUGUAGAGCCAGUGCACUUUUCCAUUGCACCUGCGUAUGCAAUGCCAAAGGUAUUGAAGGCAGCUGGCUUGAAGGCUGAAGAUGUCUCCAUGUUCGAAAUCAACGAAGCCUUCAGUUCUGUCGUGCUGUGCAACAUAAAGCACCUCAAGCUGGACCAAUCAAAGGUGAACAUUCACGGCGGAGCAGUGAGCCUAGGACACCCGAUUGGGAUGUCUGGUGCUCGGAUAACUGGGCGCAUGGCGCUGCACCUGAAGCCAGGACAGUACGGCUUGGCUGGGAUCUGCAAUGGUGGCGGUGGGGCUUCUGCCAUACUCAUUGAGAAGCUGCAUCCCAGUGAAAGCAAACACAGUCUUCCUGUUCUUACGCUAUACACUAAGCACCCAUGUCCCCUGUGUGACGUCGCAAAGGACCAGCUCAGGGAGCUACUGCCCAGAGUCCAUCUGGUUGAAGUUGACAUAGAGAAACCAGGAAACGAAGCUUGGCAACGAUGCUAUCGUCACGACAUCCCCGUCUUCCACCUCGAUGGGAAAUUCCUCAUGAAGCACAAGGCAGACCCACGUCUCUUGGAGGAGCGUCUUGCUGCUUUGGCUUCAUCUAACUGAGCUUUGAAUGAGCCCUUGACCUUUGUAAAUAAACGUUUUCAUGUUUUA